GUUUGCUAUAAAAGCUCGCGCUGCCUCCCGGACAGCCUGCUCUGCUGACCUGAGACCCCGCCGUCCAACAUGCAGACUCUCCUCCUUGUGGCGCUGUUCGGAUGCCUCGCUGCCGUGUUCGCGGCCCCCGCCAACAAGGUGAAAUGGUGCGUCACGUCGGACAAAGAACUUCAGAAAUGUUUGGCCCUUGAAAAGAAAGCAUCGGCGUUCUCCUGCGUGAAGAGGGACAACACCAUCAACUGCAUCGUUGCAAUUAGGGCUGGUGAGGCAGAUGCCAUCACUUUGGAUGGAGGAGACAUCUACACUGCUGGACUGAACAACUACGACCUGCAGCCCAUUAUUGCUGAGGACUACGGCAUCUCUUCGGCGACCUGUUACUACGCUGUUGCUGUGGUGAAGAAGGGCACUACAUUUAAGUUUAAUGAACUCCGGGGGAAGAAAUCCUGCCACACUGGGUUGGGGAAAUCUGCAGGCUGGAACAUCCCCAUAGGAACUCUGGUGUCCUUGAAUUUGAUUCAGUGGGAAGGCGUUGAAGACCGACCUGUUGAGGAGGCGGUGAGCAACUACUUCCAUUCCAGCUGUGCCCCGGGGGCAACAAGGAGCAGCAAACUAUGUGAACUGUGCACUGGCGACUGCUCCAAGUCCUACAGUGAGCCUUACUACGACUACAGCGGAGCCUUCCAGUGCCUGAAGGACGGCGCAGGAGACGUGGCUUUUGUGAAGCACCUCACUGUACCAGAUGCGGAGAAGGCCAACUACGAGCUGCUGUGUAAAGAUAACACCAGAUUGCCCAUUGACAACUAUAAAAGCUGCCACCUGGCCAAAGUACCAGCUCAUGCUGUUGUCAGCCGCAAGGACCCACAGCUGGCUGAAUUAAUCUGGACUAGCCUCAAUUCAGUUCAGGAAUUUAACCUCUUCUCCUCUGAAGCCUAUGCACCUUCCAAAAACCUGAUGUUCAAAGACUCAACAGUGAAGCUGGUGCAGCUGCCCACAAACAUUGAUUCCUUCCUGUAUUUGGGUGCUGGAUACAUGAGCGUCAUCCGUUCCCUUAAGAAAGAGCCGACAGGCACCACAUCCACUGCCAUUAAAUGGUGUGCCGUGGGCCGCGCUGAGACGAGCAAGUGCGACACGUGGAGCAUCAAUAGUGUGGAUAAUGCCAACACCGCCAUUGAGUGCCAGAAUGCCCCCACAGUUGAAGAGUGCCUGAAAAAGAUUAUGCAUAAAGAGGCUGACGCAAUGGCAGUGGAUGGAGGACAGGUGUACACCGCUGGGAAGUGUGGUCUGGUUCCUGUUAUGGUGGAGCAGUACGACGAAGCGCUGUGCACCGCCACCACUGGAGCCACAGCCUCCUCUUACUAUGCUGUUGCUGUGGUAAAGAAGAGUUCAGGGUUGACCUGGGAAACCCUGAAGGGCAAGAGGUCUUGCCACACAGGCAUCGGCAGAACUGCUGGCUGGAACAUCCCCAUGGGUCAAAUACACAAACAGAUCGGUAACUGUAACUUCACCAAUUUCUUCCAUAGCGGCUGUGCUCCCGGAGCAGACCCCAGCUCUUCGUUCUGUUCUCAGUGCGCCGGCAGCGGCAAAGCCGUGGGAGAUGAGUUCAAGUGCAAAGCCAGUUCUGAGGAGCAGUACUACGGCUACGCUGGAGCCUUGAGAUGUCUGAUUGCCAAUGCCGGCGAUGUUGCCUUCAUCAAACACACAACCAUUCUAGAAAACAGUGAAGUCAACCAGGACGACUACCAGCUGAUCUGCCCAGUGAAGAGUCCGGCGGCAGUCACCGAUUAUGCAUCUUGUCACCUGGCUGUUGUGCCCGCCCACACUGUGGUGACUCGUCCAGAGAGCCGCGACGAGGUUGUUAACAUUCUCUCGGCACAGCAGACCAGAUUUGGUGCCAGUGUCACUGAUGACUCAUUCAGCUUGUUCAAGUCAGACCCAGGAAACAACCUCCUCUUCAAGGACUCCACUAAGUGUCUCCAGGCGGUUGCCACUGGAACAAACUAUGACACGUUUUUGGGAAAGGGGUACAUGGCUGCCAUGGAUUCGCUCAGACAGUGCACUGAAACCACUCCAGAUCUGGAGAAAUCUUGCACUUUCCAUUCCUGCCAGGAAAAAAACUAGUGACAACCACGGAGCAUGUGGUGCCUCACUCAGCCCUCCAUGAUUCGGGCACCUUUACCACACUCAACCCCAAAAUUGCCAUGUGUAUUUUCUUACCGAUCUUGUUGUAGACCUGUUUUUAGAAGAACAACCAACAAACAGAUACAUUGCACUACCAUUACUUACAAAUCAACUGUCCUGUGACCAAUCAUGUCCACAUCUAGCUAUUUUCAUGCUGUUGAAACAUACUGUUACAUUACCUGUGUUAUGGGAUCAACUAUGUUUUGUUAACGCGUGCCUGACUUUUCUCAAAUAAAGCCUUUUUAAUGCUC